AUGAAAGAGAUAGUUUCAUUGAACAUCGGAAGAGCAGGUAUCCGAGUUGGGGAUGAAAUCACCCAGACUUUUAAACAAGAGCAUGAUUACUACCAUAAUUCUCCAGAGGCUGAUUAUACAGAUGGUUUUUCAACCUUCUUUGGGUAUAAUGAAGAGGAGAAAUCUUACCAGCCCAGAUCCUUGUUGAUAGACUUCGAGCCAGAGACCCUCGAUACUCUAAAAAGGUCAAAGUCAGGCGGAAUGUACUCUGAGUCUAACUUUUGAGAGUUUCAGGAUGAAGAGGUGUGAAAUUACGCAAGAGGGUAUUAUACAGUUGGAGAAGAAGUAAUUGGUCAAUGAAUGGAUAGAAUUCAGAAAAUAGCUGAAGAUUGUGAUUCUUUGCAAGGAUUUAUGGGUGUAGCUAGCCUUGCAGGAGGCACUGGCUCGGGCUUUGGAGCUCGAGUUUUGGAAGGGGUGAAGGAUGAGUUUAAAUCAAAGGAGAGGUUGUGGAUUCCUAUUUUCCCAGAAUCAUGGCUUCAUACAUCAGCUAUGUCUUCUUAUGAUUGAGUGCUAGGGAAUGAAGCAGUCAGGGAAAAUGCUAACAUUGUCAUUCCAUUUGAUAGUAGAGUUGAUUUAGCAGGUGGUUUGGAUGAAUGGAAACUGUAUGAUAAGGAGUUUUGCUCUAUUAAUAAGAGCAUUGCUCAAGUGGUAUCUUAUAUAACUUGAAGCAUGAGAUUUGGAGAAGGUUUAUUCUGAAAUUUAAAAGAUAUCAGCAAAAUUUUAAUCAAUAAUUCAGAUCUAAAGUACUUAUCAGGUGCACACUCUUCGAAAAUAGUUAAAGCUGAUAAAGAAAAUGAGACUAAUCCAACAGAAAUGCUUCUAAAUUGUCUUGAAACUCCUUUUCAAAUGAUAAAGUGUGAUCCAAGAAUCCAUUUGAAGAUACGAAGUUGCGCAAUUUUUCGAAAUGACGCAACAUUGGAAGAUAUCAAUAGCGCAAUUGAGAUAAUUAAUGAAAAAUCUAAUAUGUCUCAGGACUGGUUCUCAGAUAGCUUCCAAUGGUGUCAGAAUAAACUAAUGCCGAUAUAUAAUAACGAAGAAGGGAUUCAUCAGCAAUCAGGAUGUCUUACUCUCUCUAAUUCAGCCUCAGUGGUAGAGUUAUUUGAUUAUAUUGGUGUAAAGUUUGAUCAUUUAUUCUCAGAGAGCAUUAAAUGUUAUUUUCAUCAUUAUCAAGCUGAAGGAAUGGAGCUGGAGCAAUUUGAGGAAGCAAGAGCUAAUCUGAAGGAUUUAGAAGUCAUGUAUGAGCAGAUGGAAAUUAGUCCGAAUUCUUAAAUUUUUAUAAACGGAAUAAAUAAAAAAAGUAAGAUAUA